AUGAAGUUCAUCGAAGAAGAAACUAAAAACCAACGGAAAAAAAUUUCCGACCUGGAGGAAGAAAACGAAAGCCUUACCGUUCAAAUCAAAAAACUGAUGUCGGCCAAAACCAUGUUCAACAAGAAGACGGACGAUGGCAGUUCAGCGGCUAAAGAAAUCGAGCUCAAUUUGAUGUUGGAGAUGAGUGAGAGAGAGAAUGCGAUCGCCAGACGUAAGGUGGCCGAACUUGAUCAUAUGAACGACAGCCUCCAAGAAGAGGUCAAGUAUUUAGAGAAACGGCUAGAAGAAAAAGAACAGGAAUCUAAUAAAGUACCCGAACCGUCCACCCCGAACGCUUAUUAUGAAGACAAGAUAAAAGACCUUACAGAACAAACAGAUGAUCUAAAAUGGAAGCUUAUCGAAAAAGAGAGAGAAAUCGAACGCUUGUCGGCUCUUGUUCAAAACAUUAGCACAAAACAGGGCCGCUCUUUGAAGAAAAGCCGUUCUUUGGACAGCGAUAGCCAAGCGGUCGACUUGAAUCGACAGCUGACCAGCACCCAGCAAGAGGCGGGUGUUCUCCGGGAUAAAUUGGUUCAGAUGGAGGCCGAAAACGAGCGGUUGAUCAAGGAGAAUCGAAAGUUGCAGUUCCAGACGUCACGUCAGGUUCCGUCGAUCAAGACCGACGACGCAGCAAUCGAGAAUGUCGAACUGAAAGAAAUGGUCCGGCGCCUGGAGUCCGAAAACAAAGAGAUGAAUGUCAAGAUGAGAUCUAUGUCUGAGAAUCUCCGAAAAGUUAGCCGCGACUCUCUGAAGCUGUCCAUCGGCAGCCCGCAACCGUGCGAUGGCACGUUCAGUCCGACUCGUAAUAUCGGGAGUCCCGGCAUAAUCGGCAGCCCCACUGCCUCGCGCACAGAUAGGAUAGGAGAUAGUGCAUCAGUGAGCGGCAAGGAAGGUGUAAGCAUCAACAUUGGCGUCGGCACGGGCGGAGGAGUCGGCGAUGGCGGAGUUCUUAGCAUUCCUUCGGCGGGCAGCAGCCAAGAAACGGUGGAGGCGUCACGUGAUCGAGCCAGGUUAUCGAGUGUUAAUGGUCAAGUUCUUCUCUAUCUCAAGUAUCAUAAAGGCCCUAAAUUCCUGGGCUUUCUUUCAACGGUCAAAUAA